AUGCUGUAUUCGCAAAGCCAUGUACCAACAUUGCAUGAAAUUCGCGGGUAUAGUGAUGUUGAACUGAAAGAAAUUUUUCGAUUAGCUGAGAUUUCAAAUCAACGACCUCCCGAGCCACGUUUUAACGACGAAAUUGUAAAUGGACGAAGAGAAUCUAUUCCAAACGAACGAAAUAAUGCAAGACUUAUUUUACAAAAUUAUAGAGAGACAAUGCAACAAUCAGCAUAUGAUGUCGGGGUGAAAUUUGGGCAAUUGGCUUAUACAAGCGCAAAAGCCAUAUUGUCUGGAGCUGAAGAAUUCAAUCGAAUACUAAAGGCUGGUGCUGCUAAAAUUUCUUCUGAUCUAUUUUUGGCAAAUUACAAGCCAUUCAACAAAAAGUGGUAG